GAUAUUUUUUCUCUCUCCGUCUCUUUCGCUGUUCACAAGUCAGAGACAAUGGUUCCCGGAUACAGACGAAGCUUUAGCCGGGCGAGCUUCGACUCGUCCGAGUUGACUUGGAGCGAGUCCGCCGAGUUUUCUUCGGAGGAAGAAGAGACGACGUCGUCCAUGUACUCUGCUGGAAAAGAGAAGGGUUCAACAGAAUGGACCGAUGAGAAGCACAGUUUGUAUCUUAAAUCCAUGGAGGCCUCGUUCGUACAUCAUUUGUAUAAUUCCCUCGGAAAUCUUGGUUCGCAUUGUAACGAGAAGAAUGCGAUAGGCAUAGGAUCUUCCAGACGACCUUGCCGCGGUGGAAAUCCUUCUCAAGAUCAGGUUCAUCGUGCCGGUUUCUGGCAGAGGAUGGAUGUUAACCAAUCCGAGUAUUGCUUUAACGGAAGUGACCCUUGUCACUUCAGACCUUUAGCAGAAGGCCAAAGCCUGGAUUGGCCUAUGCUCGAAGGUAGUUCUGUUCCCGAAAGCCGAGUGGUCUGCCCAAAUGGGAAGAAGGAUAUAGUCAUAUGCAGUUCUGGAUCAGCUUCUACUUCGAAGCAGGUCAGUUCGGGUCACUACCGGGGCCAAAUCAACGAUAGAGAAGAAGUAUCAGACCAGAACUUUGUUGACGAAGAAGAUAACGACAAAGAAAAACCGAGCACCUCAAAGAAGAUGAAGAUAGGAAUAAUCGAAUCUUCGAGUAAUGAUCAGGUCGUUCCAUACGGAAAAGCUCCGAGAAACUCGAUAAACACGUGAAAAAGCCUCGUAUCCGCGAUGGUAAUGGAGCCGAGGCAAGGACAUCUUUGUAUGUAAAUAAUUUAUUUUUUUUUACGCAAAGUGCCCAACUGCAAUGUCCCUCUAGGCGAAUUUCUCGGUUACAUAUGAACCCUAGGGUUCGAAUUCAAAUCGUUUACGAUUACAUGUUAUUUGGUUCCCAAAUAAAGGCUGUCUUAACGAAUCCUAACGGAGCAAUGAAGCAGCAUAUGAUGGUUGAGAAGGCCAAGGAAGAACACAAAGAUGGUUGAGAUUACGCGUUGGUAAUGUAGAUGUUAGAAUCAGAGUUUCGUAUUUUGGUACAAUUUAUUUUUUUCUGGGAAAAAUUAUCAUUCAAAAAUAAAAUAUGAUUUUAAGUUUUUCA